AUGCAACGAACGUCUCCAGCUGCAACAAGGUCAAGAGCUGCAAAGCGAGUGUACGCAAAGCCCAGAGCUCUGCUGAACAUCACCUCCCCGCGAGUUGUUGAGGAACGCGCAGUCCCCACAGAGGAAGUCCCAAUUGCUAUGGAAGAAGAAGUGCCACAAGGCAAUGUUUACGAAAGGAGGGAGUUCCACGAAGAAAGGACAGAACAACGGCCAGCCUCACCCCCUCUACCAUCCACGCUACAUGACUGUAUCUCUGCUGGCGUAUUGCAUGUAAAUCUACUGAAGGAAUUGGAUGACUGGUCCCCGCGAAAAAAGGAUAACGCAUAUGUGCAGGUCUCGGCCCUGUACCGCCACAUACUUCAAAGAAUUUGCAACCCACCAGAACGCAUUCGAGAAUACUCCUUGCGGAUCAACACGUUGAAAGGGAGAGACUUGAAGUUGAAGAGCCUUCCACGGGGAGUAACGGACAUCCUGAUAGAAAUGGUCGAGGACAUGUUAGGAUACGGACAUGAAGAGUUGGAGCAGUUUCGUCAAACAGACCUACAAGAAUCGCCGUGGUAUCAAAACCUGGGAAGUACUGAGCAGGAAAGAAAGCAGAAUCUUGCUGAUCUAAAAGAAGAAAAGAAGAACUGGAGACCGCAAUUAUUCAAGUCGCUGCAAUUAGCACUGCGCGACGUGCGGUCAUACAGUUAUGAAGCUGGACGAUGGAUUGCUAAUCCUCGGAAACGUGGAGCUCCCGGAGAAGUGGAUGAAAACACAGUGCCUUGUUCACAGUGA